AUGGAGGACUACGUGAGCGAGUCGGAUAGUGACUACACUAGUUACUGGCGGGAUUGGUUCAUCUCCUCGCGCGGCAACGAGUACUUUUGUGAAAUCGACGAGGACUACCUCACCGACCGGUUCAACCUCACAGGCCUCAACACCGAGGUCCAGUACUAUCAAUAUGCGCUGGACCUCGUCACGGACGUUUUCGAUCUCGACUGCGAGGACGACAUGCGGGAGACCAUUGAAAAGUCCGCACGGCAUCUGUACGGCCUCGUGCACGCCCGCUACAUUGUGACCACGCGAGGUCUGAGCAAGAUGCUCGAGAAAUAUAAGAAGGCCGACUUUGGCAAAUGCCCACGCGUCGCGUGUCACUCACACCCUCUUCUGCCCAUGGGCCUGUCGGACGUGCCUAGCGUGAAGCCCGUCAAGCUGUACUGCGCCAAGUGCGAGGAUGCGUACAACCCCAAGUCCUCCCGGCACGCCGCUAUCGACGGCGCGUACUUUGGCUCGUCCUUUCACAACAUCAUCUUCCAGGUCUAUCCGGCGCUGGUGCCGGCCAAGUCUGUGGAGAGGUACGUGCCGAGGGUGUACGGAUUCAAGGUGCAUGCGGCGGCGAGCCUGGUGCGGUGGCAGAGUGGACGACGGGAGGAGAUGAGGCGGCGGCUGCGGAGGCUGGAGGUGGACACGGGGUUCCGGGAUGGUGAUGGGGAGGAAGGCGAUGACGACGGUGAUGUCGAGUUUGAGGGUGUGGAUGGACGGCCUGCUGUUGUCGAGGGGGCCCCUGUGCGAUGA